AUGGCACCUGAGCUACAGUCCUUCUAUGGAUCUUCUAUGACCUCGCAUAUGUCUCACUCAUCAGCAGCGGUGGACGAAUUUAUCAGCAAAUGCCCUUCUAUGAACGCAAAUGCACAGAAGGCAUUGCGGAACCAUCGGAAUCCAUUCCAGCGCAUCGUCGACCGCGUCCGACUCGAAUACUACCGCUACGAGGUCACUUUUGGUCUGUACGUUCUGACCCCGAAUGAGAAAUGGGUGGCCAAUACUUUCGUGAUUGUUGUUCUGGGUCUUUUGCUCUGGGGAAUGCUCUAUUUCCCAGCAUUGCUCUUCGACAAGCUCGGCAACUUCGCCUGGGUGUUGACAGGCCAAACCCAUACCAGUGAGCAAGUGGAAGCUGUCAUGGGUGUCAUCGACAUGCAUGGAAGUGUUAUAUCACCCAUCUCCAUGGCCCAGAAUAUGACGUCGUGA